AUGAGAAAAUCAAUGAUUUCAAGUGAUUCUCAUUCAGACAGCUCAGAUGGAUCAGAAUUAUCAAACACAAGAGCAAAUAUCCUCCAAGAACAGCAACAAUUGAAAAAAGAGAUUCUAGCAGCAAAGCAACAAGUCCAACGAUAUGAACAUGACUUAGAAAUUGCUCAGAAUGCAUAUAAUAUUGGUGAAAUAGCGUUUUUACAGAGAGCUAAGAAGCUGGCACAACUUUUUGGCGGAACAAUAAAGUCAGAUGAAGAACUAAUCGAAAAAGUCCAAAAUUUAAUGAAAGAAGCUGAUGAAAAUGAGCAAAAAGCAAAAGAACUUAGAGUAGAACUUGAAGAAUAUCAGAAUGCUAAACAGCAAAAUGAUACUCUUGUUCAAACACAGCAAAAUGAAUUACAAAAGCAAAAAGACUUGCUAUCAAAGAAAAAAGCAGACCUUGCCAAAGCACAAGAGGUUUAUGAAAACGCUACAAACGACUUAAACUUUAUGCAACAAAAAACUACUGAUUUAAUAAAUUCAUUAUCACCUGUUGCAGCUGCAAUUGGCUGUACUGAAAUCAAUGAUGAAUUCUUCCGAAUACUUGAGCAGCGACUAUCUUCAUAUAAUCCAGAUUACGAUAAGCCGCUCAAACGGAUUGCAAAAGCUGCAAAUGUUAGUUAUAGAGGUCUAACUGGCUUUAAUCCUGGACAAUUCUUUGAUAAGGUUGUUGAUUCCUACAAUGAACUUCAAAAUACAGUGAAUCAAGAAUCAAAUGCACAGAAUGAAGUCAAAAGAAAGAUGGAAAACAUAGAUUUGCAAAUAAAACAAAAAGAAAACGAAACAGAAACAUUAAAACGGGCAAUCGCAAAGCUUGAAGAUGAAUUAAAUAAUAAAAAAUCUGCUCUUGCUCAAAAAGAUAGUGAACAAAUUGCAGAAAUGAAGAAGAAGGCCGAAAUUGUUCGAGCUAAGGAACUUGAGCAUGUAAAAAGAGUUCUAGAAAAAAUUGGAGCACCAAGUUUAAUCAAAGAUAAUACAUCUCUUGAUGAUUCAAUAGAUAUAUUAUGUUCAGUAAUAAUGAAGCUGGCACGUAAAGUUCAAGAAAGAAAGCAGUCAGCCCUUGCUCGAGAUUCACACUCUCAAGAAAGGCUACAGCGAAAUAUACAUGCUAUUGAAGAUACUGCUGACGUUAUUAUUAAAUCUAAUCGAUUGUUACUCAAGAAAUAUAAAUAA